CGAGACUUCACGCAGCUCGUCGUGAAGUUUCCUGCUGCGUUGCAGACGAGAUCUCCCAGCGAGAGUCUAAAACUACAAUUUACAAUGUCAAACGUCUCAAUGUUUCGGUGUAAAAAGAUGUACAUCGCAGUCGACGUUUCAUAUGAAUGGUAUUAAGUUAACGGUAACGACGGUAUAAUCGCGCGUUAUUGUGAAAACAGAACAAAGCUUUUCCUGGUUGCGUUUCCCUGAAGCUGCGCACAAGCCGCGCAGCUUCCACGCUCGCGGGCUUCCGCCGUCAUAUUCGAGGACAUGGGACCGUGAAAGUAUGGCGGAUGCCGAGGAGCCGGAGAAGAAAAGAAGGCGAAUAGAGGACCUGACUGAGAAGUUAGUGACGAAAGCUAAUGAAAGGUCUCUGCCCGGCAGCAGAAUGGCUGUUGACGGUGGCGCCUGCGACUGGGAUGGCCGGUGGAAUCACGUGAGAAAGUUUCUGGAGAGACCUGGACCGUUCACGCAUCCUGACUUUGAGCCAAGCACAGAGUCUUUACAGUUUCUGUUGGAGACAUGCAAUAUUUUGGUGAUCGGUGCAGGCGGGCUUGGAUGUGAGCUGCUUAAAGAUUUGGCUCUGUCUGGGUUCCGCCUCAUUCAUGUGGUCGACAUGGAUACUAUUGACGUGUCCAACCUAAAUAGGCAGUUUCUUUUCAGGCCUAAAGAUGUUGGACGACCAAAAGCAGAAGUGGCGGCCGACUUUAUUAACAGUCGCAUCCCUGGAUGUAAAGUUGUCUCUCACUUCAAAAAAAUCCAGGACUUUGACGAGUCCUUCUACAGGCAGUUCCACAUUAUCGUCUGUGGACUGGACUCCAUCAUCGCCAGACGAUGGAUGAACGGCAUGCUGAUAUCGCUUCUGAGCUACGAAGAUGGAAUACUAGAGCCCAGCUCCAUCAUCCCCCUUAUUGACGGCGGCACGGAGGGCUUUAAAGGAAAUGCUCGUGUCAUUUUGCCUGGCAUGACGGCGUGCAUUGACUGCACACUAGAGCUGUACCCCCCGCAGAUUAAUUUCCCCAUGUGCACCAUUGCGUCCAUGCCGAGGCUUCCUGAGCAUUGCAUAGAAUAUGCCAGAAUGUUGCAGUGGCCGAAAGAAAAGCCUUUUGGAGAAACAAGUUUAGAUGGAGACAAUCCCGAGCAUAUCCAGUGGGUGUUUGACAGAGCGCUAGAGCGAGCCGCACAGUUCAACAUCACAGGAGUCACGUACAGACUAACGCAAGGAGUUGUGAAGCGGAUCAUUCCUGCCGUGGCAUCAACUAAUGCUGUUAUCGCUGCUGCAUGUGCAGGUGAAGUUUUUAAAAUUGCUACAAGUGCAUAUAUUCCUUUAAAUAAUUAUCUGGUCUUCAAUGAUGUGGAUGGACUCUACACUUACAGUUUUGAAGCUGAAAGAAAGGAAAACUGUUCAGCAUGUAGCCAGGUGCCUCAAGACCUCCAGUUCCCACCGUCUGCAAAACUACAGGAGGUUUUAGAGUACCUGACAGAAAACGCCUCCUUACAAAUGAAAUCUCCAGCUAUCACUACAACUCUGGAGGGCAAAAAUAAGACUCUAUACCUGCAGUCUGUUAAAUCAAUCGAGGAACGAACCAGGCCAAACCUCUGCAAAACUUUGAAAGAGCUUGGCUUGUCGGACGGACAGGAACUAGCCGUGGCAGACAUCACCACGCCUCAGACUGUCCUCUUUAGGCUCAAUUUCACUGCCUGAAUGCCAUUUGGAAUGCAAAGCACUGAUGUGAUGUUUGACUUCCUUUGUCACAAUGUUACUGUAGCGCAUUUGAUAUAAGUGUAAAUAGGACAAGUACAUUUUCACUUGUGCGAUAGCAUUAGUAAUAUUGUUUACUCGUGUGUGUGUGUGUGUGUGUGUGUGUGUGUGUGUGUGUGUGUGUGUGUGUGUGUGUGUGUGUGUGUGUGUGUGUGUGUGUGUGUGUGUGUGCGUGUGUGCGUGUGUGUCCGCGUGCGUGUAUCCUCACAUUGUUGCUCUUUUUGUUGUCAAACGAGAAUAAUGAUAUACUGUAAUCCAGGUACAUUAUUGUCAACAUAGAAGCUUUAUCAGAUCAGCAGCUGAUCAGCUUCACAUUUUUGCUUCAUGACCAUCUUUUUAAGAUGAGUACUGCAGUAUUUGAUUUUUGUGGCAGAAACAUUUUGAUCUGAUCUUUUUGAACACUUUCAAACUCAACCCCAGAAAAGAAACUCCAAUAGGUAAACAUUUUAUUCACCUUUCAACUUAAACCCCUGCAUUCCUAAUUAUAUUUGGAAUUUGAUGAAAUGAAAUUCCAAAGAUUGGAAGGGCCUAAAAGAAUAUGUUCCAAUAGAAGACUUGAGACAGAAUACCAUAAUUGAUCUGAACAAAAAGGCGUACAUACAUGUGGCGUAUGCAAGAUGUUUAGAACUAAAGGCGGACAUUUUUCAUCAUGUUUUUUUAUUUUAAUAUUUUUGUUACUUAAGAAGCUUGCUUGCCUGAGAAGUAUCUAUUCAGAUUUGUAGAAGUUCCAGGGUAACCUUGAAAAUACUCUUAAUACACUACUGUAUUGUCGAAAAUAUCUACUUAAAUUAAAGGAAACCA